AUGGAUGUGGGAGGUUUGUCUCAAGAGAGACAAACUUUUGUAAGUCAUGACCUCACACUACAUUAUGGCAUUGUACCAGAAAACAAUGAUGUGUUCGAAGUUCCAGCAGUGACCCACCUGUCAGCGCCCUUCACCAGUUGUGCUCCAGUCCAUGGCUGGCUUGGUCGCCACGGUUGUGACCUCGAGGCCAACUUGCUGCCUUAUGAAAAUUGGAAAUUGAAAUUGGAUUGCCGAUGUGUUGACUCCUUCCUUGAUGAAGAAGCAAGAGAAGGAAGGCCGCUGCAGGGGGAUGACAUGCUAAGGAAUGUCGGGAGAAGAAUCAGGGAACAUAAUAUUGAGGAAAAACACGAAACUCAGAAGUGGAUCCAUUAUGUUACUCGACUAAUGACCACAACUGUAUGCAAUCAGUGCAGGGCCACACUUGAUUCUGCAUUUCUCGUGGUUGAGGAAGAGGUGGAAGUGGAGGAAGAAGUCGAAGAAGACGUUGAAGAAGUAGUUGAAGAAGUAGAGGAAGAAGUCGAAGAUGACGUCGAAGAAGAAGUUGAAGUUGAGGAAGAAGUCGAAGAAGAGGUUGAAGAAGUUGAGGAAGAAGUCGAAGAGGUUGAAGAAGUUGAGGAAGAAGUCGAAGAAGAGGUUGAAGAAGAAGUUGAGGAAGAAGUCGAAGAAGAGGUUGAAGAAGAAGUUGAGGAAGAAGUCGAAGAGGUUGAAGAAGUUGAGGAAGAAGUCGACGAAGUUGAGGAAGAAGUCGACGAAGAAGUUGAGGAAGAAGUCGAAGAAGAGGUUGAAGAAGAAGAUGAGGAAGAAGUCGAAGAAGACGUUGAAGAAGAACUUGAGGAAGAAGUCGAAGAUGUUGAAGAAGUUGAGGAAGAAGUCGACGAAGAAGUUGAGGAAGAAGUCGAAGAAGAGGUUGAGGAAGAAGUCGAAGAAGACGGUGAAGAAGAAGUUGAGGAAGAAGUCGAAGAAGACGUUGAAGAAGUUAAAGAAGAAGUCAAAGAAGAGGUUGAGGUAGAAGUUGAAGAAGUCGAGGUAGAAGCUGAAGACGUUGAGGUAGAAGUCGAAGAAGUUGAGGUAGAAGUUGGAGAAGCUGAGGUAGAAUUUGAAGAAGACGUCGAGGAAGAGGUUGAGGAAGACGGUGAAGAAGUUGAAGAAGUCGAAGAAGAGGUUGAGAAAGACGUUGAAGAAAAGGUUGGGGUGGAAGUUGAAGAAGUCGAGAAAGAAGCUGAAGAAGAAACUGAAGAAGAGAUUGAUGAAGCCGAGGGAGAU